GGGAAGUCCGAGAUCUCCUUCCGUGUUGAGCCUCUUCCUUAUCUCUCCUUUCUUGGAAUAAACCCGCGGAAUUGAAUCGACGUUGACUUACUUUGUCCUGAAAGCUCCUUCGGGAAACUUCGACGAGCCCGCCUUCCCUCUUUUAUUUUGGAAGUUGCGCGCGCAAUGGCAGCUCGCCUCCGUCCUCUUCCCGCGCACGCCGACCUGCAGCCGCCGGUGAAAUCUUGCCGAUAAAAAAACAAACACUAAAAAGCUCAUGAGGAGCGGACGGUGAAGCCCGGGCGCGCGUGGACGUACCUGCAGCUCGUGUUCAUGACAGAAGCAGCGGCUUUUAUUUUGGAGGUUCGUCCGAGGGACUCGCUGUUUUGGCGCGUCUAGAGCUCACCUGUCGGACUCCAAGAUGCUCUCCUCUGGGAAAUAUUACCUGCUCCUGGUCCUGCUGGCUGAAAGUGUCCUGGCCGACCCGGCAACCUCCAACCAAGUGAUUCUUUUGGACACCACGGCGGUGCUGGGGGAACUGGACUGGAAGACCUACCCUGUCAACGGGUGGGAUGCUAUCACAGAGAUGGAUGAACAGAACAGACCAAUCCACACCUUCCAAGUUUGCCACGUAAUGGAGCUGAACCAAAACAACUGGCUUCAAUCUGGAUGGAUCCAGCGGCAGGCGGCACAGAGGGUAUAUGUGGAACUGCGUUUCACUCUGAGAGACUGCAACUCCAUUCCUUGGGUGUCUGGCACAUGCAAGGAAACCUUCAACCUCUUCUACCUGCAGACCAACGAGCCGCUCCCCGCCGGCACACGUUUCCGACCCUCCGACUACGCCAAGGUCGAUACCAUUGCAGCGGAUGAGAGUUUUACUCAGACAGAUCUCGGCGACCGCGUUCUUCGCCUCAACACCGAGGUCAGGGAGGUGGGACCUGUGACGCAGAGAGGUUUCUACCUGGCCUUCCAGGAUGUGGGCGCUUGUAUCGCCCUAGUGUCUGUAAAGGUGUUCUACAAACGCUGCCCCUCCACUCAGCGGAAUCUGGCAGUUUUUCCCGACACGGUGCCGCACACGGACUCUUCCUCGCUGGUGGAGGUUAAGGGCGCCUGUGUGGAGAACGCGGAGGAGAGGGACACGCCUAAACUGUACUGUGGCGCCGACGGAGACUGGUUGGUGCCGCUGGGACACUGCAUGUGCAGCGUCGGCCACCAGGAGGCGGACGGAUCCUGUCAGGCGUGCAAGCCUGGUUCCUUCAAAGCGUUGGCCGGGAACAUGAAGUGCUCUCCGUGUCCUCCGCACAGCGCCAGCCAUGACCAGGCGGCCACCAUGUGUCACUGCCAGAAAGGAUUCUUCCGGGCUAACAAGGACCCGUCCACCAUGGCCUGCACAAGGCCGCCGUCAGCGCCCAGGAACCUGGUGUCCCUGAUCAACGACACCGCCCUCUUCCUGCAGUGGAUGCCUCCCAGCGACACGGGGGGCCGGGGGGACGUGGUCUACAACGUCCUGUGCCAGCGCUGCCACGGCGACGGGACUCACUGCGAGCCGUGCGAGGCGGAGCUGAGGUUCAUCCCACGGCCGCUGGGUCUGACGGGCAUCUCGGUGGCCGUGCUGGACUUCGCCACGCCCGCCAACUACACCUUCCUGGUGGAGGCGCUGAACGGCGUCUCCGGGCUGGCGCUGGCUGCACGCGCGCUGAUCAACGUCACCGUCAACACGCACCAAGCGGGUCCUGCUCUGGUGGGGGUCAUCAAGAAGGACUGGGCCACUGAGAGCAGUAUCGCCCUCUCCUGGACAGAAGAGGAACAUCCGCCCUUGGACAUUGUGGACUAUGAGGUCAAAUACUACGAGAAGGAAGAAGAGCAGCUGAGUUACUCGUCCACCAGGACCAGCAGUCCCAGCGUGGUUGUGUCGGGCCUCAGGGCCGCCAGCGUCUAUGUCUUCCACGUACGUGCGCGCACAACUGCUGGCUACACCGCUUACAGUUCCAACUUUGAGUUCUCCACCACAGCUGAAGCACCUGAUGUGGCAGACCAAGGUCAAGUUCUGGUUGUUGUCACGGCAUCUGUGGGGGGCUUCUCUCUGCUCGUCAUCCUCACACUCUUCCUCCUCAUCACUGGACGGUGUCAGGGGUACAUCAAAGCCAGGAUGAAGUCCGAGGAGAAGAGGAGGACACGCUUCCGUAGUGGACAUGUUCCUUUCUCUGGGAUAAAGUCUUACGUGGACCCCGACACCUACGAGGACCCCACUCAGGCUGUGGAGGAGUUUGCCAGAGAGAUAGACCCCUCCUCUAUUUGCAUCGACAGGGUGAUCGGCUCAGGUGAAUUUGGCGAGGUGUGUAGCGGCCGUCUACGCACGCCCUCCAGGUUGGACAUGGCGGUGGCCAUAAAGACGCUGAAGGGAGGAUACAUGGAGCAGCAGAGGAGAGACUUUUUACGUGAAGCAUCCAUCAUGGGACAAUUUAACAGCACCAACAUCAUCAGGCUGGAAGGAGUGGUCACCAAGAGCAGGCCAGUGAUGAUCGUAGUGGAGUACAUGGCGAACGGAGCGCUGGAUUCUUUCCUCCGGCCGUUCUCCUUUUUGUCAACUUUAAAGCUGAUAAUAAUGGAAGUCUGUUUUCUACACCAAAAAACAAACGAAAAAAAAACCACAACGCGUGACGGGCAGUUCACGGUGCUGCAGCUGGUGGGCAUGAUGCGCGGCGUGGCGGCGGGCAUGGCCUACCUCUCCGAGAUGGGCUACGUUCACAGAGACCUGGCGGCCCGCAACAUCUUGGUGGACCAAAACCUGGUGUGCAAGGUGUCGGACUUCGGCAUGUCCCGGGUCAUGGGCGAGGACGCGGAGGCGGCCUACACGGCGACAGUGAAUUUUUACUCUGACCGCCAGGGGGGGAAGAUCCCCAUACGCUGGACGGCACCCGAGGCCAUCGCCUACGGGAAGUUCUCCUCGGCCAGCGACGUGUGGAGUUACGGCAUCGUCAUGUGGGAAGUCACCUCGUACGGCGAGAGGCCUUAUUGGGAGAUGUCCAAUCAAGACGUGGUUCUAUCUAUGGAGGAAGGGUACCGGUUACCUGCACCCAUGGGCUGCCCCGUCACUCUGCACCAGCUCAUGUUGCACUGCUGGCAGAAGGAGCCAGGCCAGCGGCCGCCGUUCAACAACGUGCUUUGUUUCCUGGACAAACUCAUCAUCAACCCCAGCGGUCUGCUCACCCUGGUCAACGACACCAACAGUUUCUCCGAGUCUCCAGACGACUUGCCCGACUACCCGCUCUUCAUCUCCAUCGGAGACUGGCUGGACUCCAUCAAGAUGAGCCAAUACAAGAACAACUUCAUUGCUGCAGGAUACACCACGCUGGAUGCCAUAGCAACCAUGAGCAUAGACGACAUCCGGCGAAUCGGGAUCUGCCUGAUCGGCCACCAGAGGAGGAUCAUAAGCAGCAUCCAAUCCCUGCGCCUGCAGUUCCACCACAUCCAACAGAGCGGCUUUCAAGUGUAACGGACCGCGUGUGGACGCCACUCCGCUGGCGAGCAGCCGCCAGACCGCCGGGGUCAGGGGGCGUCACACGACCAGAGCCGUCCGCCGUCUGGUCCCUCAUCAUCUUAUCGCUCUUUGGACAGCCGCCAACCUCAGCCGGGUCUCGUUAGCUCAGCAAACAUUAGGACAGCUUUGAGUUGAGUGUGUGGGUUGUAGUGGCGGUCAGUGAAGAACUCGGCUCUCUCCCAGCGACAAUCCCACGGUUGAAUCCGAUACCUCAACACCAGAGCAACGUGUGGUGUUUUCAUAGCAAAUUUAACCAUGGUUUAUUGAGUUAUGUCAUGACAAAAAUGGUAAAUACGAUCCUAUUAAUGAACUGAAGACCACUGAAUGUCAAAAGAUUUUAUAGAUCCACAUCCAUGGUAUUAAAGUGUGUCUUGUACUGGAAGUCAUGUAAAAGGUGUAUGUCUCUUCCUUAAUAAACGACUCUAUUUUAA